AUGAGAAUCGGAAAAAUUGAAAAAUUCUUUGUUAUGGAAGACAUGUAUUGCAAAGAAGAUGCUUCAUUAAGAAGUGGGUUUAUUUCUCAAUUUCAACCUGAAUUUAAUUUCAAAAAUUUUCAGCUUUGUCAAGAGAUAUGCUUAAAAUCAACGCAAUGGCAUGGAAAUAUGUGUUUGCAAAGGUCACACAAGAAGACGAAGUGUGGCUCAGCAAAACAGCUGAUCGCAUCGAAAAAGUUGAUAAAUUGAUCGAAAUUGAUAUGAUGAACAAAGCCGAUAAAUCGGCUCCUCAAUGGUCUCAUGUCAAAAUGACAUAA